AUGGUCUUGGCCAAAUUGUGCAAGCUAAAGGUGAUAUUCAAUGUGCAGAAAUUUGUCAUUCGUUUCCUCCUCUAUCACAUGACAGUGGUCAAUUUGGGGCAGUGGUCAUGCGCUAUUGUGCAUGAAGUGAUGGCUAAGUCGGCGGAUGGUGGCGUUUCCAUGCAAAAUGCGGAGUACAGUCUCAUUGCGUGCGCCAUUUUCUGCAAGAUAAUUCAACGCAUUGGUAAUACAAGCUCUUUGUCGACGGAAGACAAUGAAGAGGCACCACAGGUUUCUGCAGCGAACGGCAAAAAGCCAACUGAAUGUCAGCGAUCAAACAAAGGCCUCUUCAUCGGUCUUCUCCUGAUCACUGGAACUCUGGUGGGUCUGACCCUGGUGAACACACUGCUACAACAGAAAAGUCAGUGCACCGCUUUGAUCAUCUACCAAGCAACUGACAUCACUCUCCUCUUCAUUGGCACUGGUGCAGUGGGCGUGGCUCUUUUUCAAAUGCGCGUCUUGGCAAUGCGAUAUUUAUCCGAGGAAAGUGCACUUGACGCCAACUUGCUACUAGUCAGUCUUCUUGGCGUCCUCUUCUACGAUCUGUUUAUCUUAGUUCCUGCAGCAGGAGCAAAUGGGAACCAACGAGCUGUGGGGUUAAUAUUUGCUGGCAAAGCUGUGCUGGAGUUGUUGCAAUCGAUGUUGCAAGUGCUGCUCAUUGUGGAAGCCUCACGGCGACAAGUCGCUACCUCGAAUCAAGCGGCUGAGAAACCCGGUCGUACCAUGAUCACUUUUCUCCUCAUUCUCAACCUGGCCAUGUGGAUAUUAAAGACUUUUGAAUUGAAACAUGCCACUACCCAUCCCAUAUACAAGUCACAUUACAAUGAACUCGUCUGGAAGGUUAUCAUAAGUGUCUCUCUUCUACUCGUCGUCUUCUUCCAUUUUCAUUCCACUGUCUGCCUUGCUGAUGUAUGGAGUUGCACCUACCGAUUUCACAACACUGCAUCCGGCAAAUGA